AAUUGUCAGUGUGUCGGACAAAUUGCCGAGAAAUGUUUUGUUGUGCUUGUGAAAAAUAGUUGAAAAUAUAAUUUCUAGGGAUAUUACUUGGUAAAGGGAUUCCAAAUUGAUAGAUUAUUAGAUUCAUGUUCCAGUUAAAAUGUUUCGCAAUAGAUUAAGAACACUAAUUUGCAGAAAUCAUGACUUUCAGAGGUGCAAACACACCAGUAAGCUCGAUGCUAUUCGAGAGAAAUUGCGAGAAGGCCCCAGUUUUGCUGAUUUUGUGUCUGAAGACCGUCCUAAGGACUGGGAGGAUUAUGAAGGCAAAUUGAAGAGAGAAAAAGGAGAAGCGGAAAGAUUGAGGUUGCCUCCCUGGUUGAAAACCACUAUACCUACUGGGUCAAAGUUUACGGGAAUCAAGAAGCAACUUCGUGAGUUGAAACUGAGCACUGUGUGUGAGGAGGCGCGCUGCCCUAACAUCGGGGAGUGCUGGAGUGGGGGCAAACAUGGCACGUCUACAGCUACUAUAAUGCUGAUGGGUGACACGUGCACUCGAGGCUGCAUGUUCUGCUCGGUGAAGACGUCUCGGCGGCCGCCGCCGCUGGACCCGCGCGAGCCACACAACACCGCGCACGCCAUCAACCAGUGGGGACUCGGGUACAUCGUGCUCACAUCUGUCGAUAGAGACGACUUGCCCGACGGUGGAUCCGCUCAUUUCGCCGAAACUGUUAGAGAAAUCAAACGACAGAACAAAGACAUCCUGGUGGAAUGUCUAGUACCAGACUUCAGAGGUAACCGGGAUUGUAUCCAGACCAUAGCGGAGUGCGGGCUAGACGUGUUCGCACACAACAUAGAGACAGUCGAGCGACUCACACCUUUCGUCAGGGAUCCUAGAGCUGGAUAUCGUCAGACUCUAAAAGUACUGCAGACGGCCAAGGAAGUGAACCCGGACCUAAUAACCAAGUCCUCAAUUAUGUUGGGACUCGGCGAGACUGACGAGCAAGUUGAACAGACUAUGAAAGACCUUCGCGAGGCGGGUGUUGACUGUCUAACAUUAGGCCAAUACAUGCAGCCAACGAAACGACAUCUAAAAGUCUUUGAAUACGUCACUCCAGCUAAAUUCAAGGAGUGGGAAGUCCGGGGCAAUGAACUCGGGUUCCUCUACACCGCCAGUGGACCUCUCGUCAGAUCCUCAUACAGAGCUGGAGAGUUCUUCAUCACUAGUUUACUCAAAGAUAGGAAGGCGAAGAGUUUGUGACAGGAAGACUAGUCGAUAUUCCGAAUGGAUUCCGAUUUUGAUAUCGAUAUUCCGGUUUGUAUAUCGAUAUUUCGAUUUAUUCAUCACUCACUCUAGUUAAUUCUAUACUAUAUUUAUAUGCCAGGGAUUCCCCACCACUUUCUUGGAUUUACCUAAGGCAAAAGUGGUAUUUAUAGCGUCAUAAUGAUAAUUAUGAUCAUGUUGUUACCCUGCUGUAUACAACAUUCGACGUGGCUUACAUUGUUUUGUAUUUUAGAAGCGAUGUAGAUCUAUUAAUAGUUAUCGUAAAUGCUAGUUAGUUGAUCAGACACGUUAAAUUAAUUGAUCUUUGUGAAAUUUUAUAAUACUCUGUAAGGGAUUCUUUUGUAUGGACAAGUCUUUUGAAAUAGCGAAGAUGCAUUCGACUUGACUUUUAACUUAUUUGCGUCAACCUACUUGUGACUAACCGCCAUACUCAGUAAUUAAAUGGUUAUUUGCUUACUACCCAGUCCUUAGGAUUAGUUUUCGGAUCAAAAUCGUUACUAAGGAAUAGUUUGAGUAAGCAAGUAAAUAAGUAUUGAAAUAUUAUUAUUAGUAGCACUAGUAUGAAAGCAAAUAACAACAAUAGCAAUCCUUCACGUUUUAGAAUUAAUUGGGUAUCAUGUCGUUACAUGGAUCUGUAUAGCCUCAGAAAAUAAGUCAUAAGUAAUUUAUUUUGAAUUCGUUUUGUUUAUGUUAUUGUUGUAAACUUUUAGCUCAUUUUUGUGAACAAAUAAAUAUAUUUUAUUACA